AUGGCUGAUUUAUCUGAACAAGUACAAAACUUAUCCAUCAAUGACAAAAAUGACAAAGAUGGUUAUGUCCCUCCUCAUUUAAGAAACUCUGGUGGUAACAGACCUCAAAGAUCUAACAACAACUACCGUGGUAACAACGACAGACGUGGCGGUGGUAACAGUUUCUUCGGUAACAACGAAAGACAUGAAGGUGGAAACAGUUUCUUCGGAAAUAACAACAGACGUGGUGGUUUCGGUGGAAAUAACAACGGUGGUUCAAGAAACUCCAACUUUGGUAGAUGGGUCGAUGACAAGCACGUCCCAGGUAAGAAGAAUGAAAGAGUUGAAGCCGAACUAUUUGGUGUCCCAGAAGAUCCAGGUUUCCAAUCCUCUGGUAUUAACUUCGACCAUUAUGAUGAUAUCCCAGUUGAAGCUUCUGGUGAAAACGUUCCAGAACCAAUCACUGAGUUUACAUCUCCACCUUUGGACGAACUUUUGUUUGAAAAUGUCCAAUUGGCUCGUUUCACUAAACCAACUCCAGUUCAAAAAUACUCUAUUCCAAUUAUUGCAGCUGGCAGAGAUUUAAUGGCUUGUGCACAAACUGGUUCUGGUAAGACUGGUGGUUUCCUUUUCCCAGUUUUGUCCGAAUCCUUUAAGAACGGUCCAUCCUCAGUGGCUAACAACGGGGGUUACUCUUACCAAAGAAAGGCUUAUCCAACUGCUGUCAUCAUGGCUCCAACAAGAGAAUUGGCUACCCAAAUCUUCGACGAAGCUAAGAAGUUCUGUUACAGAUCCUGGGUUAGACCUUGUGUCGUCUACGGUGGUUCUCCAAUUGGUAACCAAAUGAGACAAAUGGAUCAAGGUUGUGAUCUUUUGGUCGCUACUCCAGGUCGUCUAAACGAUUUAUUGGAACGUGGUAAGAUCUCUCUAUCUAACGUUAAGUACUUGGUUCUAGAUGAAGCUGAUAGAAUGUUGGAUAUGGGUUUCGAACCUCAAAUUAGACAUAUCGUCGAAGAUUGUGACAUGACUCCAGUUGGUGAAAGACAAACUCUGAUGUUCUCUGCUACUUUCCCAGAUGAUAUCCAACAUUUGGCUCGUGAUUUCUUAUCCGACUACAUUUUCUUGUCUGUCGGUAGAGUCGGUUCCACUUCUGAAAAUAUUACUCAAAAGAUCAUGUACGUUGAUGACAUGGAUAAGAAAUCCGCUCUAUUGGAUAUCUUAUCUGCUCAAAAUGACGGUUUAACUCUUAUUUUCGUCGAAACUAAGAGAGAAGCUGAUAACUUGACUGAUUUCUUAAUCAUGCAAAACUUCAGUGCUACUGCUAUUCAUGGUGACCGUACCCAACAAGAAAGAGAACGUGCUUUGGCUGCUUUCAGAUCUGGUAGAGCCAGUUUAUUAGUUGCUACCGCUGUCGCUGCAAGAGGUUUGGAUAUUCCAAACGUUACUCAAGUUGUUAACUACGAUUUACCAACCGAUAUUGAUGAUUACGUUCACAGAAUCGGUAGAACUGGUCGUGCUGGUAACACUGGUACUGCUAUUGCCUUCUUUAACAGAAACAAUAGUAACGUCGCUAAGGGUCUAUUUGAAAUUUUAACUGAAGCUAACCAAGAAGUUCCUCAAUUUUUGUCCGAUGCCGUCAGAGAUUCUGGUAGAAGCAGAUCCAACAGAGGUUUCGGAUCUCGUAACAGUAGUACUAGAGAUUACCGUAAACAAGGCGGUGGUAGUAGUUUCGGUGGUAACAAGGGCAGAGAUAGCUCUUGGGGCGGUUCCAGAGGUGGCUCCAGUUGGGGUAACUCUGGCAACUCUGGCAACUCUGGCUGGGGUAACGCUGGUGGAAACGCUGGUGGCAAUGCUGGUGGCAACGCUGGUAGAUCCAACAAUGGUGGCUGGGGUAGCAGUGGUUCUUCAUCAAACAAUAACCAAUCAUGGUGGUAA